GAUCCUGUUUAUCUAUACUAUUGAAAAACGCGACACGGAGACGGUUCCGAGGAUUUAAAAACGCCAUACCGGUAUCGGAAGCAGCAGCCGCAGUAGCCACCCUGCGACGGUGUUAUCACAAUCGAGCAUUCAAAUUGCUUUUAUCACUCGUCGGAUUUUCUCAAUCAUUCUUCUUCAAUCUGUACUAUUUAUCUUUCUCGAGUUCUUCUCUCAAUCAAACCAGUCAUUCCUUUCAAACCCUAACCCUAACAAUGGUGAUGGAUGCAUCCGAAGACCGCACGAAUUUCGAAGACGACUACUCACCUUCAUCAACCGUUUUCAAAUUCGACCGCCCAAUCCCCUUACUUCGAGGACCGUUACUGGCAAGUCCUUCCGACGAUCCAUCCGCGGGUCCUUACGUUCUGGCCUUCCGUGACUCACAAGCUUGGGCCUCUUCAUUCAUAGCCUGCGAGCGCAAAAUCGUUCAGCAAUGCGAGGAAGGGGCAAGGAUUGGUUGCGCUAUCAAUGCUUCCAGCAAGUGCAAGCCUCCUUGGUGGAAGGUUCUGUCCGGUCCCAAACUCUCGGAUUUGAAGGAACGGGAGAUUUGUGAAGUGCGUGAGAUGGAAGAGUGUUUCAAUGUGGCGAAAGAGAAAUGUGUUGGGUUGGCUAGGGAGAAGUGUUUGGCUCCUUUUAGGGAUGCGAGGAUUAAGGUUGGGAAAGGGGUUUUGAGUUCGAAGGAAGCUGUGAAGUUGAUUGGAUGGACUUCAAUGCCAACGAGUAAAAUGAGUUCUAAGUGUUUGAUUGGUGGUGAAUUUGGCGUGACUAAUCGAAGGGCUAGUGAAUUGUUGGAUUAUAAUGAUUUUGUGAAACGAAUUUUGGAUGAGAGACAACACGGGACCGAAAGUUAAAACAAUGGAUCGAGUAAGCACGUCCUGCAUGAUUUUGUCAUCUAAUGUGUCAGAACCUUAUCAGAAUUGCCAUUUCAUAGAGCUUGGCGUAACAAAGUAUCCAGGUUUUUCUUCCCUCUAAUUUUUACUAUUGCUGGCUUUUUUGGGUAAUAAAUAACAAAGAUGUAUUUGUUUAUUUAGUGGCAUUAUAACUUGAAAUCAAAUGCUCCAUAGUUCCAUCUAUUUUGAUAUUUCACAUGGUAACACAUAGAUUCUAAUCUCUGUAUUCUAGAGUCUAACUGAAUUGAAUCUGUUAAUCAAAAUUUCCAUGUACUUCCUUUAUACAAUGAUGUCUUAAUGUUCUUCAAUAUGGCCAGUUUUAACCCUAAUAUAUGGAAACUCGAAUUUUAUGGAGUGCAACCAUAAUGUGUUCACCGCCCCACCAUAUACACGGACAUAAUGAUGAAAGGGAUUUUGAAGGGAACUUUAAUUAUUUAUUCUUGUAUAUGUAUAAAUCGACUUGGUAGGUUAACUCAAGGACAAGGUGCAAGUUUACAUUUCAAUUUUACUUGCUCUAGCUGUUUGAUUGCAUUUGGAAUGGAGCUUCAUUGUUUGUCUAUCAAUGAAUGCUAGUUAAGUAGAAGAUAUUCUGUCUUACUAGCCUUGCUAGUGUCUUUGGUCAAGAGUUCAGCCUUAUACUCAGAUGUGAAAUUUGUUGUAUUUUGUACUUUUAUUGACUGAUAUACUGGUUCUGUCUGAGUUGUCUUCCUGACCAUGUCCAUUUGUAUCUGAUGGACAAAGAUUUAUGGUGUUUUUAAUUGAGAAGUUAACUAAUUUAGUGGUACCUUUUAGCCACUUGGGAAUAGCUCAAGUUAUAAGGGACAAUUAAAGGUUGGGUCAGAAUGCUUCCCUUUAUGAGCGAAAUGUUGGUGAAUAUGUGGUAUACUUUAUGGGCCAGAUCUACUUUGCAAGUUUUGACCCAUUAAAUAAGUGAAUUACUAAUCCCACCCUAUGAAAAUCUGAAAAUGCCCCUCUGAUUCCAGAGAUGUAUCUCCGGACGCACCUCAAGUAUACCAAAUACAUGUGUAAUUAAACCACACCUUCAUUUUGCAAAAAAAAUCUGGAAAUAUACUUCCGGAAUCUGGAAAUACAUUUCCAAUUUGUUUUGCCCAUGUACUGUUUAUCUUUAUCUUCAUAAACUCACCUUUUGAAGAAAAUAGAUGUCAGGAAGUUGAAGCCAAUACCUAAUAAUUUAUGUUGAGAGAACAUUUUCACAUAUUGAAUAGAACUUUAUGCAUUUACAAUUUGACAGUAUAUGACUUUUUGUUGCAGUCAUCUUAAUCAGAUAGUUUUACACACUAAGUACAUUAUUUAAGUUUUGAGAUUCAUAAUUUGACAGAUAGGUUGAUGUUAAUAGGGGAAAUCAUACAAAAGUAUAUUUCAUGAUUUUGGUUUCGAUUACUCCACGUAAGCAAUUCAGAAAUUGCCGGAGUUGCUGCCAUCGUUUUUGGACCCAAGAAAUUUGAAGCCACUACCAAAUGAGAAUGAUAAAGAUAAACCUUACAUGGGCUAGCAAUGAAAACAAAUUCUACGGAAAUGUAUUUCGGACUAUUUUAUUUUUACAAAAUGAAAGUGUGAUUUAUUUAUGCAUGAAUUCGAUGUAUUUGGGGUGCAUCCAGAAGUGUAUCUUUGGAAGUCUUAAUCAUGACGAAUUAAUUUGCGAAAUAAAAAAGCAAGUCUUAAUCCAAGCAUUAUUGGCACAUAGCAAUCAUUUUGAAGAUGAUGUCUAUGUUUGUGGUGGUGAUGAUUUAAUAGCAACCUAGUCUAAAUUCCAAAGUUUGUUUUUUUGCCAUGCCCCUUUGUUCCGUUCUUCUCACAUCGCAAAGGGCAUGUUGUAUGAAAUAGAUGAGUAAAAUGGUUUUUUUUAAUAGAAGUAAAAUUGGGUUUCUUCUCAUACUUUAAUGUAGAACGGUUUAUUAUCUUAUCAGUCAUUUUUUUACAAUAGCAAUCUAAUCCGUUCGCAUGUUAUAAAAUAUUUUUAUUAACUAAAUUUGAAGAUAGAUAAUUCAUAACUUUAAGUAAAAUUUCUCCGAAUGUUCUACAUAGGACUGCGAGUGAGGGUGUAUAAAAUGAAUUACGGCACAACUUUAAAUAUUUUAAGAUAAAAUUGUGGGUAAAUAAAUCCUCAUAAUAGUCUCUCAAGGUUAAAUCAUAACUAAAUAAGAUCUCUAUUUUUUUUGUCAUGGUUAAUCAAUACAAAAUCUCUAAAAACUUAAGACGAUCUUGGUUGGACACGUGCAUAACCGAGCCUUCAUUUAAGUUUUUUCUUUGACUAUUUUCUAAUAUGACCAUUUGUUUCAUAACGGUCAUGCUAGUCCUCUGUUUAUGGACUUCCAUUAGAUUUUUCUGAGCUCCUUCACAUAUGUCUAUUUGUUAAGUUUUUAAAUUAUUUCUUUGUCGUAUUUGGAAGUAUUUUUUUAUGGAGAGAAAUUGGCUUUGCAAAUUGUUUCUUCGAGAAAGUUGGGUUCAGAAAAUUUUUUCAUGAAAAAUAAUCGAUAUUGAGAGAUUUCUUAUUUUCUGAGAAAUUAUUAUCAGUGAUAUUAGUACUAUAUUUGAAGAUUUAAUUUUAGAAUGGUUAUUUUACAUAUACAUUUAGUCAAUAGAUUUUCUUGGUACAUUCAUCCUACAACAUUUAGUCAAUAUUUUUUCUUGGUUAAUGUAUAUCUUUGUUAUUGGAUUAUAUACUUUUCCUCCUUAUUGGUGUUUAGAGGGCAUUCUUUGGCUCAAUCAAAAAACAAAAAGAGAAGAAGAGAGUAUUCCUUUGCACAUUCUCAAACAACCUAUAACAACCUUUUCAUUUUUUUUCCACAAAGGUGGAAUUGUAAUUUUUGACUCAAACAAUUUAAUUUUUAGUCUUGUCUUGAGCAAACAUUUAUCUAUUGCAACACUCUCAUGUGUGAAACCAUGCUUCUUUUUCGGCUAAUUGUUUAAGUGACUAUUAUUUACUUUCAUUCGACAAUAUGAAUCUUAUAGUCGGGGUAGUAAAUUUACAAUAUACGAUAAAUCCAAACUUUAUUAUAUUAAAUAGGGUCGGUUACAUGAAUUAAUUUCUGUCAUAAUGUUCUAUCAAAGCUCAUGUUUUUUUACAAAUUCCUAAUU